CAAUCGUUGCACCGAUCUAAAACGUUCGUUUCGGUCUAACACCUGAUAAGCGUUGUCUAAACAGCGAGAUACGAACCAAAAUUUUGAGUUUAAAAGUUUCCUAGGCCUACUGGGCACUGACAGAGCGGUCCACAGUUAAAGUUGUUUUUCUAGUUAACAAAAUGUAGUUUGAUACUUCGUAAGAGCGGCGUCGGCGUGUUAAGGUCGUCUAGACUCUCGACGCGAAUAUGCUAGCAUCACCAUGGAAGGACGGCAGAGCUCAGCGCGGCGAUAUGCACGGUGCUGCAGCAGCGAGCUGCGCUGUGCGAUUGUUAGCUCGAGCUUCGUGAGUCAAUAGGCUACCCCGACAGCUUCAUGUCGGCAAAAUCCGUGCUACGAGUCCAUCGGAACUCUAGGAGGCUACUCAACUAGCAUCGCGGGAUCAAAGCCCGUCGCAAACCACCAUGGUCGUGGAGGGCCCGAGGAGCCGCUACGCCCCGUCAACGGGCAUGACUGCCCGCGAGCUGUGCGAGAGCGACGACCAGGCUACGAGCCUCAUACUCGAUCCCUACCUGGGUUUCGCUACGCACAAGAUGAACCUCAGAUUUCGUCCCUACAAGUCCCACAAGCAGGAGCUACAGCAGCUGAUAGCAGAUUUCAAGACCCACAACCAAUACGAGAAGGUGUUCUCUAAGCUAACAGACUUUGUCCCGGCCUCAUUUCUCACUAAGGCUCGGCAGGGUCCGUUCAAGGAGCAUAUCUUUCGUUACCUCCGCAUGUUUGACAGUGAAGCGGGGUUCGAGGUUAUGCGAUGCGACCGUUACUCGAUGGAAGGCAAUGUGGGUGCCAAGAUAUGUGCAACCAAAAAAUGGUACAAGAAUGAGAAGAUCCCGCAUUUGGUGGGCUGCAUUGCGGAGCUGACGGAGGAGGAAGAGUGCCAGCUGCUGUGCCCCGGCAAGAACGAUUUCAGCGUCAUGUACUCCUGUAGAAAGAACUGCGCCCAGCUAUGGCUUGGUCCGGCUGCCUUCAUCAACCAUGACUGCCGGCCCAAUUGCAAGUUUGUGUCGACGGGCCGAGACAGCGCUUGUGUAAAGGUAUUACGGGACAUCGAAGAAGGCGAGGAGAUCACCUGCUUCUAUGGCGAGGACUUUUUUGGAGACGGCAACAGCUACUGCGAAUGUGAAACGUGUGAAAGGCGAGGAACUGGGGCGUUCACCACCAAGAAGGGCCGUCAGCCGAGCCUGAUGGAAACCCGGCUGGCGUACAGCUUUCGAGAGACGGACAACCGCCUCAACCGUUGGAAGCAGCAGGUCAAGUCACCCCAGCACAAGCCGCAACUGCAGCCACAGCAGGCACAUCAUCAGCCAGGUGGCAAGACUGUUCGCAAAGCCCUUUCUCGGCACAGCAACAACCAGAGCAACCGUCUCACUACUCGGGCAAGUGCAGGCCACAAGAAACCACUAGGAAACACCGAUGUGUUGCAAGACCGCCAGCAGAUGCCCGGCCACAUAGGAAAGAACACAUCAUCCAAGUCGGUGCUGGCAAGCAAAAAUUCUGUGCAACCAUCUUCCAUCAGUCCACCUUUACCUGUCAAAGACGCAGCCAUCAACGGUGCUCUUCAUUUGUCCGAAAAAAGCGACGGUACCCUGAAGGUGAAUGGGGCCACCGUUUCGACAACCGUUGUGACAAGGGCUCGAAACCAGCAGCGAUCGGAGAACAAAACCCUGGAAGCUGCAAGCAAAUUGCCCGAGGCGAAGCCCCUUGACAAGGUGGAGACGGAACAGGAACAAGUAUUGCCACUAUGCCCAUCUACACUAAGGAGCUCUUCACCAAAGCCUGCUGAAGUGGCUUGUUCCGAGGAUACUAGUAGUGUCAGCACUGUUGAGUCGUGUAAGGCAGUGUCCCCCAAAACAAUCAAUAAGGUGAGCGAGGUUGUGUCGAGCAGGCAAAGUCCAACAGAGUCAGUCAAGGCUGCGGAAACAAAGAGGCCCGUUCAAAGCACCAAGGAAGUUAAGGAAGUUCCCGUUUCUGCGUCUUCGAGAAGGGACAGGAGGCAUCCAAGGAGGCUACGGUGCGUCAAGGCAUGUUCGGCUGAUCGUCCAUCUCGCCCAGAGGGCGUAAGUGCAAUGUAUGGGGAAGAAGUGAGCAAACCACUUGAAGAAACUGCCAACGCUCUUCCCGUUGUCACAGAAGAAGAGGAAAUGAAACAAACUGAAGAACGUCCGCCCGAAAUAGUCAACGCCGAAGCAGAUAUGCUGGGACUGGAAACAACAGAAAUAGAUAUGCCGGAGCUAGUAGUAUCGGAAUUUAUUCCACCAGAAGAUGUUCAGUCAGAGGUGAUGGAAGUCGAAGUGGUUCAGGCGGAGGUGAUCCAGCAAGAAGUGGUUCAGGCCGAGGUGAUUGACGCUGAGGUGGUUCAAGCGGAGUCGAUAGAUUCUGAAAUGCUUGAACAGGAGGUGCUGCUUGCGGACAUCACCGUCGAAGAAGUGGCUCAGCCAGAACUGAGCCACUUCGAUGUGGUUCAGUCGGAGAUUAGCGAAGUUGACAUGACUGAGCAACCGCCCGAACUGCAGCAGAUGGUUCCCCAUUGUGAAGAGGAGCCUUUUGUGCAGAUAUUAGACACUGCCAUACUGGAAGCACCUAUGGUCACUGUACUGCCAGAAAAGACGCAUCACGCGAGUAGCUACGUCAUUUGUCGAGAGCAGAAGGAGAAGGUGAAGAAGGAAGCGCCAAAAAGAGAGCCCAAAGUCGAAACAGAAACGAGAGUUGUGCCUCGCAUGCGCGUCAUUCCUUCAAAGAGGCUGCCACCACAGCCUGCGAGCCAGAAUGUGGCACAGUCGGGCGGCCAAUCACAGCACCUCGGUUGCCUAAAGUUGACAAUACGCCGACUACAUCCGCAUGCACGCGGCGACACCUCCCCCGUGUCGACGGCACGCCGCCGUACUGUGUACGAGGUUCUGUCGCCACCUCUCCUGUCGCCCGAGUCGCCUCGUAAGAAGAAGAAAAAGAAGAAAGACAAAAAGAAAACGAGUGAACACCGAAAGCAUGCACGCAGGCGAGAGGAAAAACCAUCCCCUGUGGCAGUGGGAGCCAAGCGUAUUCGGCUCAUCUUGGGCAACGAUGCAAUUGAUAUUGACAUUCCACCCAACAAGUGUAAGAAACGCUGUUGACCAGCUGUGAGUGACACGUGAAGUCACAGACUAGGCUGCCAUAUGUGAUGCAGUGGGUGUGCGGAACGUUCUGACGUUUAAGAAAAAAAACUGCACUCUUGACCUUUUUUUCUUGACUUUGGGUUCUGCCCACAAAAGGACAAGUGUUUUGCAGCAUGCUUUUAUGCCUUGCUGUUAUCAUUUGUUUUUUGCGGUUUUGGAGCCCUUUUGGAAAAAAAAGGUAUGUUAUAUGUGUUGUAAAUAGCAUGUGCACUGCCAGUGGUGUUUGAAAUGGAAGGAUUUUGUUCUGUGGACAACCUUCUGUAGGCCUGCGGGUUUCAGGAAACUGUUCGAAACUGGUUCACCAAACCGUGCGCUGUCAGAUGCGUUUUUUUUUAUGACAAACUGCCUGAAGACGUAAUGUGUCGGCGCAGGAAUGGGCACAAAGGUGAUGUUUUUGCUCACUGUGCAUUUUACAGUCAUGCGGGCAUAGUAUUCUGUGUUGAUCUGUGCCGAUAGUUGCUUCAUUUUUGUUUGGAAAAGUGAACUGCCCAUUACUUUGCACCACUUGUAUUUAUUGUCUAAAUUAUUCCGUACGCUCCUUGACAGGACAAAGACAAGCACCAUGAAGACAUUAGCCAAUAGAAAUCUGGAGUUCUUGUAUUUAGGGCUGAAUUUUUCAAAUUAACCUCUACCUUUACUUUGAAUAUGUGCAUCUACAUGUCAGGCCUUCCGGUGAAGAAAGUUCAAAUCACGUGCAUUCGGGGCGACAUGUGCCUGCUCUGUUUUAAGUGACGGUGCACUGGUGUUGCGAUGGUGAAUAAAGUGUUUGUUGGGCCCACA